CUUCAACCCUUUCCUUGACUGAACAACAUGAAGGCUGCUAUCUUCUCGACUCUGUUACCCCUUGUUCUGGCUCUUCCAGCCCCCCAGACACAGUCAACCGAGGGAAAGUUGCCUUGGAAGAAAGGCAGCGUAUGCCUGGCACUCACGGAAGACUGCAUGGGGACGAUUGGAUGGUGUAACGCCGAGGCGCAACGCCUGAAGGAGUUCGGCGCUCGUGAGAAGUGCCUUGCCCAAAGAGAGCGCCGUCCUGCCGACGCACCUAAACUUCCCUGGAUGAAAGGUACCGGUUAUGACUGUGCCUAUGCUCUCACUCCCGAGGAGAGAUGUUAUGGCACUGCACUUUUCUGCCGUGAGGGACUUUACCCCCAGGGUCAAUAUAGGGACGAGCAGGAAUGCUUGUCUGACAGAGAGGAUGCUCCGAAAGAUGCCAAGAAGCAGCAGAGCCUCCCAGAGGCCGAACUGAAGGCGAAGAAGCCAUUCCUUCAGCCCGCGCCCGACAGCGACACUUCGUGCAUGACCUUCGACCGCGGCAGUGAGCGCUGUGUUGGAACCAAGUACUACUGUACCAAUGACAUCAUGAAGUUCCCCUACACCGACGAGGAUGGCAGUGUCUACAAUAAUGCCGCUGAGUGUCUGGAUGCCCGGGAGUCUGAGCCUCAAUCUGCCGAUCCCGAUCGCAUUGUGUUCCCUGAUAACUAGGGUCGGAUAUUGAAGUAGUCCCCAACUGGGUGCGGUCCAUGGCUUGACCACCCACGUUACCAUUCAAGGGAUGCGGACUAAAGAGGGAACCAUGAGAGUGUUGUGAACGUUCCCAGUUGCCUGUACUUAUGUGUAUUAACCUCCUGGCAUUAGAUUCAAC